CUCACCAUCAACCAGUGCAAAUUGAUUCGUACUUCUAAAAGUUGAUAAACAAAAAAAAGUGAUAACAAAAUUUCUUUCUGUGGUUUUGUUGAAUUCAUCAAAUUUGUGCAAUAAAUGUCGGUUAGUAGUGACUGCAGAAUGACUCAAUCGAAGCCAUACUACGCGAUCAUAUCUGGUUUGUGUGCAUCAUCCGCCAGUUUCUUUGGUAAAUUAAGCGCACUCGGGCAGCAGUUGGCCGAAAAUGCUGGCAACAAAGAGCUGGAGUUCCUAGCACAAGUAUUAUGCAUCGUCAUCAUGGUCCUCUUGAACGCCUGCGUUUGGCGAUUCUUCGUGAAGGCCCUUCACACAAACGGUGGAACGCUGGUUGCCUCGCUGGUCAGUGCUGCAACGAACUACACCGUAUCGGCCCUUCUUGGGUGGCUCAUAUUCGGCGAAAGAACUUCCGUUCUCUGGUGGAUCGGAACAGCUCUGGUGCUGAGCGGUCUCUUGCUCAUAGUGAAUGACGAUGAAGACAAUCGGGACAAGGCGAAGAAGAAAGAACACUAGUCAAUAAAACUGUUGUAUAAAAAUUCUUCAAAAAUAUAUUCUUCGAAAGCCAAAA